AUGACCGAAAAGCAAUUCAACGUUGGCAUCGUCGGCUAUGGCCUCUCCGCCAAAGUCUUCCACAUCCCUUUCAUCCAACUCACCCCCUCCCUCAAGCUUCACUCUAUCGUCCAGCGCACUCCCAAGCCAGGCAACUCCGCCCCAGAAGACUACCCUGACCUCAAGCACUACACCGCUCCCGAGGAUCUCAUCGCCGACCCAGACGUCGACGUGGUGGUCCUCUGCACCCCACCAAACACCCACUACCCCCUGACCCGCUCAGCACUGCUCAACAACAAGCAUGUCCUUGUCGAGAAGCCGUUUGUUCCCACCUCAAGCGAGGCGGAUGAGUUGACUGCUUUGGCGAGACAGCAACAGCGGGUGCUUUGCGUCUAUCAGAACCGGCGAUGGGAUUCGGACUUCCUUACUGUUCAGAAUCUCCUCAAGGAGGACAAGCUGGGAAGAAUUGUCGAGUUCGAGACGCACUUUGACAGAUUGCGAUUGACGGCUCUGGCGAAGGGUUCGACGUGGAAGGCGGGGCUCAAGAUGGACGAGGCGGGAGGGGUGUUGUAUGAUCUUGGCUCCCACUUGUUGGAUCAGGUGUUUGUGUUGUUUGGUAUGCCUGAUGGCGUGACAGGGAGAUUCGUCAACCAGAGAGAAGGGAGGCUUGUCACUGGGGAUGGGACCGAUGAGCAGGAGCCGGAUAGUGUGACUGCUAUCCUGAGCUAUAAGAACAAGGGGCUGUUGGUCUUUGUUCGUGCCGGCGUCGCCUGUGUCGAGACCAGACAGAUGCGGUUCUGGGUCCGGGGUACCAAAGGCAGUUAUCACAAGAGCGGGUUGGAUCCUCAGGAGGAUCAUCUCCGAGCCGGUGGCAAGGCGACUGACACCGACUUCGGCAAGGAAUCGGAGGACAGAUUCGGGAGGUUGUGUAUCGUCGGCGGUGACGGGAAGGUGGAAGACCAGGUUUGCCCUACUGUAGAGCCGGAGACAUAUGUCAGGUUCUAUCACCUGUUUGCGAAGGCUGUUGCAAGCGGAAAGGAGGAAGGUGUACCUGUGCCUGCGUCACAGGCGGCGCAGGUUCUGCGAAUAAUCGAGGCAGUACGAGAGAGUGCGAAGACUGGGAGCGAGGUCACCCCGCAAGCCUAG